AUGGGAAGUUGUUUCAGCAAGGGAUCCGGCUCCGGAAGUGGCAGCGGCGGGAACUUCCGAGGCGAAGGCCACGUUUUAGGUGGCGGCGGCAGUAACCCGGCGGCGGUGGCGGCGCGUCCGGCACCGGCAUCAUCAACGACCGGCGGCGGCGGUUACGGAACCGUCAACGCACCCGCUUCUUCUGUUCCACCAAAUGUGACAACAGGAAGGACAACCGGCGGUAGUGUCAGUGGCGGCAGGACUCUCGGGGGCGCAUCAGCAGGACCGCGAGCAGGAGAAGGAGGAACAGAAGGCGGAAGCGAUGACCCCAAGAGCAAAGCUGCGCAGGCUGCUAUGGCUCGGUUUAAUAGAGAUCAAGGGUCAGGUGCCGACCUCUCCAAGAAGCUGCGAGCGCAAAAGGGCAUGACGCGCGAUGCGCUACUCAAAGAGGAAAGUGAGCGGGAAAGAGCGCGAAGGGCGGCUGAUCAAGCGGCGGAGGCGAGGAGUUAUAAUUAAGGCGGUUCUUUGACGAUGCGCGACUGAUUUUGCGGAAGGGAUAGCUGAUUGGGAGUUUGGAUCGCUUUGAAAGUGGGUGGUGCUUAUAGUGGUUGAUGAUGGCUCACGAAGGGCACAUUGAUGUUACUGAGUGGCUUUGUUUUUCUGUUCCCCAAAUUCGUCUGUAUUUACUUUUUUUUUGGGCUGUUGCCCCAAGCAUGAACAGCACACAUUUCCC